CCGAGCAGAGACGCACAGCCUCAUAUGGACUCGAGACUUUAGCAUCGCAUCAGCACUCUUUCAAUAGUUCAGUUCAGGCAAGACGAAAGCGUAACUACUUUGAUCGUUUAGAUCAAAACGCCAAGCAUCUCUCUGAAAGGAUCUUGUAUAUAAAGAAGUAAAAGUAGCCGCUGCGAUUUACGGAGUACACAGACGAGCGCGAUCCACGAUUUCUUUGCAAAAGACUUCCCAGAGAGGAAUAAUGAGGAACAUUUGGAUAUUCCUGACACUUUCAGCAGCUGUAUGCUUUUCCAGCAACAGAGUACUGGUGUCAGGUCAGUCACUUGCCUUAGCUGAUGACCUCUAUCUGGACGACCAACAGUCUGGUGACUUCCCUUUAGACGAUGAUGACUUCACCUCUGGUUCAGGAUCUGGUUUCAGUAAAACAGACGAUGAUGAGGAUACAUCAACAAUAACUGUGCGAUACCCAGAAUUCAAAGCCGAAUUCACUCUGGGGCCUGUCUACACCAGCAGCCCCAGUUUGGAGUCCUCAACUUCCAGAGAGACAGACCAAAUCAGCAUAGAGACAGUCUUUGACUCGGUAUUGGAAACAGAGAUCUUUGACUAUCAGACAGAAAAGCCCCAGGUCACUGUUGAGGCCACCAGCUCAUCAAGUGUUGUACAAGAUGCUGACCCUCUUCAUGAGGUUCGCACAGAAAAUCUAUUCCAGAGGACAGAAGUGCUGGCGGCUGUUAUAGCCGGUGGAGUGAUUGGCUUCCUGUUUGCCAUCUUCCUUAUCCUCCUCCUUGUGUACCGUAUGAGAAAGAAGGAUGAGGGCAGCUAUGAUCUUGGAGAGCGUAAGCCACCAAGCUCAGCCUAUCAGAAGGCUCCAAGCAAGGAGUUCUAUGCCUGAAUGACCAAUCAUUACCAACAGUAACAUCAUUAUGACAACCAUCUCCUCUCCAAGAAUAACCUGGCUCGGUAGCACCUUGAGGAGAUUUUUUUUUUUACAGGGAACAUCUACUUGUUUAAAAAUGUAAUAAAAAAAACAAAUGAUAAUUUUGUUUUACAAAGCAUACUAGGGCUUGUACUUUUGUUUUGGGAUAAAAAAUAAAAAAAAAGAAAUUUUCUUUACGGUUUUUUAUUUUUUAUUUUUAAGUAUGAAAGCAACUUCACACAGCUAGAUUGACUACUUUAUAACAGUAGAGGUACGUUUUUAUUAAAGAACAAGUCAGUUCAGAGGGGGUAAUUGUGGGCUAUACGUAUGCUUUAUCUGAUACCUUUAAUUUUUCACUGAAAUGUAUAUUAUGAUCUCAAUGUGGACUUUAUCAAUAAUUUGGUUUCAUCUCAGCUUAUUUUGUAAAGGGUAUAUGUUUGCAUUUUUGUGUGGCCAUAUUCAAAGCCUUUAAAGAUCACAAAAUUUUGCAGAAUGCUUUGAUGUAUUUUGUUACAUUUAAUUUUCUGUAGUACAAUGUUAAAGUCCCUGAAAGUUUAAAUUCUACUUUGCCUGAGGCAAGAACACAUUCCACCAUGCUUGUGCUUUUCAUUUCCUUGAACUCUUUCUCUGUCUGUCUUGUCACAAGCACUUAUGCAGGGUAAAGUCUCUUAGAAAAAUCAGUUCUUAAUUGUUUCAUCAAAUCAAAUCACACCACUAUCUCUUAAGUGCUCUUCAUUCGUGGCAUCCUGAAAUACUGCAAUGACUUUACCGAUAUAGAUAGUUUAAAUUGCACAGAAACAUUUCAAGUACAUCAACUUUGUGUUUUCUUUAUUGUGUUUCCCCACAAAAUCCAGUAUUAGAGGGAACAAAAAAUAUUUUAUUUUGAAUAAAAUAUGGAAUAUUUUCAGAUAAAGGCUGUUUACUGCAAACAAAUUUAAUGAGUACAUUUAACAGUAUCUUCCAUUAAAUUCUCAAACUUUUAAAGCAACAAGGUUUACAUUUGAUCAGUUUGCAUGUUUCCUGGGAAUUGUAUUGAUGACUUCGGCAGUUGCUAGAGCCCUGCUCUACCAGUUGAGCUCCAUGACAAGUUAAUGGCAUUCAUCCAGUAAAUGUCAACAGUAUUAGUCCCACAUUACAGACCUACUCCCACAUUGUUACUAAUCGACACAUGUUCAGCAUUCACUGUUGACUGAAUACUUAAUGGAGGCCAAUUUUCUUUCAUAAUAUUAACCCUCAUGUGGAAAAGCUUUUAAAAUGACUUUACUUACUGUAUGGUUCUGACUCUAGCAUACUCUGCUGAAUGUCUCUGACCUUCCAAAGACUCAAACAGUGUUGUUAACAAUGAUGGUGAUUAAUAGUGUGGAUCACAUUUGCUUAUUUUUACUCCCUCCUACAUGUGCAUUUCCAUGAUGUUUCUUUUUAAGACCUGACCAUUUAGAGUCAAUGACGUAUCUGUAUAAGUUAAUAUACAAUAAUUUAUAGAAUAUAAUUAUUUAUAUACUACAUAUUAUAUGUAAUAUGUUAGUUAAAAAAAAAACUAUGAAAAUGUAUAUUCACAAAUGUUUUAGAAGCCCUUGAAGUGCCUACUGUCCUGAAACAGAUCUGCAGGGAUUUGAGGACAUUUCUGCAUCAGAGAAUGAUGUUAAAAGCUGGAACUGGAGAAAUAUGAUGAAUGGUAAUGUUACAGAAUGAGAGAAACAGUAUUGUAUUUCAUAAAAAAACACUACUGAAUAAACAUUUUCUAAUGGUAUUUUCA